AACCUACAUAACUCAUUACACUAUCAAUCAAAAUGAUCAGCUGUCAAUCAUUGUACCAGUUUGCUUACAAAUAGAACUCAUGGACAGAAACUACAAUAUGUAAAUGUUGGCUAACGGGGGACGGAUCCUUCCCUUGGCUAUACAUUAUUAGAUGGAUGAAACCUCUCCAGUGAUUUUUUUUUUCACGCGGAUAGCACCCUAUUUAGUCCGAGCGCUUUACCUGCAACUUGAGCCCAGGUGGGUUGACUCACAUCCUAAGCUCUAGCCACCAAGCCAGCAUUUGGCUCUCGAAACUACAAUAUGUUGUUGGUUGCAUGCUCAAGAAGUUCAGUACAGGUUUUGUUUGGUGCCUACAGGAGUACAGAGCCAUGCAGGAAGGUAUAACUACCGUAAACUAGUUGAAUUGGGGGAAACUUAAUUUGAAAAAUCAGAAAGUCAUUCUGUGCAUUUAGCGCUAAUUAAUAAUGCAAUUAUUCCAUAAAUCAUUCAGACAAGAAAAGGGAAAUAUUUUCAUGUCAAAUUAACCCUACUCUCUACUAAUUAUUUCUCUCUAUUCUCUGUCAGGUUUGGCUAAUUUGCCAGGAUACAUAUCUGAACAUCAUCAUCAUCCUGCACACCAUACAUAUAUUAAGCGGAUCAACAGGGAACUAAGUCUUGAUCAGUCCUACAUCGGUGAUCAAAGAUGGGGUUCUUGUCGAUGCUACUGGUGGCUUCCAUGCCCAUCAUCCAGGUACUGCUCAUCGGCGUCAUCGGGGCGUUCCUCGCCUCCGGCAACAGCAAAGUCCUCACGGCCAGCGCCCGCAGGGACAUGAACAAGGUUGUCUUUACGGUUUUCACCCCUUCUCUCAUCUUCGCCAGCCUCGCCAAGACGGUCACGCUGUCCGACGUCAUCUCCUGGUGGUUCACGCCAGUGAACAUAGCUAUCACAUUCCUGCUCGGGAGCGCUCUGGGAUGGAUAGCGUGCAAGAUCCUGAAGCCACCGCAGCAAUUCCGGGGCCUGAUCAUCGCCUUCUGCUCAUCAGGAAAACUCGGGAACCUUCUGCUGAUCGUCGUCCCGGCCAUCUGCGACGAAGAUGACAACCCGUUUGGGAACGAUCGUAGCCAGUGCCGCUCCCGUGGGCUUUCCUACUCCUCACUAUCCAUGGCUCUUGGUGGGCUCUUCAUAUGGACCUACACCUACAGCCUGAUGCAGAAGUCCGGCAAGCUGUACCACAAGAUGCAGUCCAAGAGCAUCCAGUGCCCGGGCGAUAGCGACGAGGAGCACCUGGAGCAAUUCAAGGAGCAUGCUGAGUCCGGCCACAACGACGAGGAAGCGGCUCUCCCGGCGUCAGCUGGACCUGACGAGCACGAUGACGGGAACCAUAUGGUGAGUUUCAGAAAAACUGACUUGGCUAGGAAUGCAGGAGGCGCUCCGCUUCUAUCGUGUGAGAGCGAUGUCGCCGACAAGGGCUUCUGGAUGAAGCUGAAGGAGGUCGUGCACCAGCUCGCCGAGGAGCUCAUGGCGCCGCCGACCAUAUCUGCGAUAAUCGGAUUCGUCGUUGGCCUAGUUCCAUGGCUGAAAUCGCUGCUCAUCAGCGACGGUGGCCCUCUCAGAGUCGUCCAGGAUUCUCUCGAAUUGAUGGGCAACGGGACCAUACCUUGCAUCACCCUCAUCCUCGGCGGGAACCUGACGCAAGGGCUGCGGAAGUCGAUGCUGAAGCGCUCGGUGAUCGUGGCGAUCGUGUGCAUCCGGUACGUGGCGCUGCCGGUGAUCGGGAUCGCCGUCGUCCACGCCGCGCGCGGCGUCGGGUUCCUGCCCCACGACCCGCUGUACCGGUACGUGCUGAUGAUGCAGUUCGCGCUGCCGCCCGCCAUGAACAUCGGCACCAUGGCGCAGCUGUUCGACGUGGGGCAGGAGGAGUGCUCCGUGAUCUUCCUCUGGACGUACCUCGUCGCCGCCGUGGCGCUCACCACCUGGUCCACCGUGUUCUUGUCCAUCCUCUCCUGAUUACCCGAGCCGGAAGGCGACGCGAGGUCAGCUGAGGGUGAGACAGGUGAGCACGAGCAAGGGUUGUUCGUGUGUACUGCAGCUUGCAGGCUGUGUCCGGGACAGUUCAAUUUUGUAAACAUGACACACGUCUGUACAAAGGAAAGGAUCAUACGAGUAUGUAGAGGAGAUACGUAUGCCCAUUCUUUAUGAAGAAACAUGAAAUUCUUUGUCAA